CGGCCCCGGCGCGGCGCGGCGCGGCGCGGCUGUCAUGGCGGAGGCCGCCUGGAGCACAGACACCGGAGAGGCCGUGUAUCGCUCCCGGGACCCCGUGCGCAACCUCCGCCUCCGGUACGCCUCCGCCGCCUCCCGAACCCAGCGCCCCCGUUGCCAGGGGGACUGGGGCGACGCGCUUUCCGGCCCCGGCGCGGCGCGGCGCGGCGCAGCUGUCAUGGCGGAGGCCGCCUGGAGCACAGACACCGGAGAGGCCGUGUAUCGCUCCCGGGACCCCGUGCGCAACCUCCGCGUCCGACUCUCUGUUGUCUUUGGAGGUGGACACCGCCCAGAUGAAGAUGAAGAGGAGGAGGCUGUGAUUGGGUGGCAAGAGAAGCUCUUUAGCCAGUUUGAAGUAGAUCUGUAUCAAAAUGAAGCAGCCUGCCAGAGUCCUUUGGAUCAUCAGUACCGUCAAGAGAUUCUGAAGCUGGAGGAUUCGGAUGGCAGGAAGAACCGACGAAUCUUUACUUACACUGACUCUGACAGAUUCACCAACUUGGAGGAGCACUGUCAGAAAAUGACCACCGCAGCCAGUGAGAUGCCAUCCUUCCUGGUCGAGCGAAUGGCAAAUGUCAGGCGGCGCCGGCAAGACAGGCGAGGGAUCGGAACUUUGUCUUUUUCUCAACUCCUUGCUCUCCUCCCAGGUAAACUUACUACGUGUGGUCUUUUGCUUUCAGAUUGGUCGAGCCCAGCGUUCCAGCAGCUCUCAGGAAUCACACAGACCUGUGCCACCAAGUCCCUGGGAAUGGACAAGGCGGCUUACUUCUCCUACCCGUUCACAUUUGAGGCCUCCUUCCUCCACGAGGAUGAAUCCGCUGGUGCCCUCCCGGAGUGGCCUGUGCUCUACUGUGAGGUCCGCUCACUCGACUUCUGGCAGAGGUAUCGCGUGGAAGGCUACGGGGCUGUGGUGCUGCCUGCCACCCCAGGCGCACACACCCUGAGAGUCUCCACGUGGAGGCCCCUGGAGCUCGGCACCGUGGCUGAGCUGAGGAGGUUUUUCAUUGGCGGCUCUCUGGAGCUGGAGGACCUUUCCUACGUGCGGAUACCAGGAACCUUCAAGGGGGAGCGUCUGAGCCGCUUUGGACUCCGCACGGAGACCACGGGCAGUGUCACCUUCCGCCUACACUGUCUGCAGCAGUCCAGGGCCUUCAUGGAGUCAAGUUCCCUGCGGAAGAGGAUGCGGAGUGUGUUGGACCGUCUGGAGGGUUUCAGCCAGCAGAGUUCCAUUCACAAUGUGCUGGAGGCCUUCCGUCGAGCCCGGCGCCGCAUGCAGGAGGCCCGAGAGAGCCUUCCCCAGGACCUAGUGAGCCCCUCGGGAGCCAUGGUCCGCUAGCUCGCUGCAGCCCUGGCCUUCCACAUAGAACAACAAGACGACUGGUAGCCAAGGCCAUGCCCUCCCGCCUCUUCAUCUUUCUGAUUAGAGAUCACAAUGCCCUGCUGAAAGCUGGCAUCACUGAGAGAAUCCCAGGCCGGCCCCCCCUGCCUCGUCUCCAGCUGCCUCAUCUUCAAAGCUGAAGACCCUGUGGCCCUCAUGUGGUCCCCUUCUCCAUAUGUCAGACACUGCAAGUGGGCAUCACAAGGCAGGCUUUUUGGUUUGAGGGCAGUUUGGGGGUGGGCCCAGAGUUAAUUCUGUCCUCGCCUCAGCCUCCUCCCGGCCUGUCUCACAGCCUCAGUGGCAGAGCUGCAGUGCCUUCCGCUCCACACCUGCUUUAUGAACGGAGGCUCGAGAAGGAAGGCAGGCGAGAGAGAUCUCACAGUCCCGGCCCGAGUCCAGCUCCUCUUCCCAGGGUAGCCUCCCCUACUACCGGGAGCUAGCUACAUUUGCGAUAGAACUUAUUUCUGGAGUAAAUGAAGGCUGAAGGCAGUGCCCAGUCCUUUCUGCUAGCUGGCUGGUAUCUUUUAUUGUGUUUUUUUUACAUAAAGACUUUUUAUACUGACUGA